AUGAAUAAAUGUGUAACAUAUACAUAUAUAAUAAUACUCAUUAUAAUUGCAGAUGUUUAUUGUUCAGAUAAACAGCCAUCCCGAGAAUCUGAUGACUCUACAGAUGACUCAGAUGAUGAUAUUAAUUUUGAUACAAUAGUAAAAGAAUUAGAAACAUUAGUUGAUGAAGAUGACGAAUAUGAUUUUGGAAGAGUUUCGAAACAAGUAGAAAAAAUAAUUGAUGAUAUACUGGAUGAAACUGAUGAAACAUAUGGUGUUGAUCCUAACACGUUAGUAAGAGGAAUAGAAAAAAUUAUUGAUGAUCAUAUUGAUGAACCUUCAAGUAAAAUAGAACAACAAAAAACUUAUCCACAAACAUAUCAAACACCUUUCAAUUAUUCCAAUUAUAAAUCAUUUUAUAGUCAAUACAAAGAGCAAUCUGAUAGUAUAUAUCCAUCAAGUUAUUUUAGUAGUCAACCAGUUUAUCCACCACCAAGCUCCACUCCAUUAUCCAGCAAUUUAAAAUAUCACAGUGCAGUAUUUUAUCCUAGAUAUGUUAAUCCUAGAUUAAUACCACGUUACCAAAAAUAUCCUUAUGGAAUAGAUCCUGGUGGCAAAGGAGUUAGUGAUAAACCAUCAGAUCAACCAAGUAAACCUCGAGAUGAUAAACAAACAGAUAGACCAAGAGAUAGACCAAGAGAUAAACCUAGUGUAUCUAGAAAACCAGUAAAAGGUUAUAAACCUAAACAUCCUAAAGAAGGUGCUUUUGGAGGUGAUGAAGAAGAAACACAAAAAUUGUCAUCAUUUUUUCCUGAAACCAAAAAAUGCAAAACAAUAACUCUUGUGAAAUAUGACCAAGGAAAUCUUGUUGAAAUGACUCAUGAAGAUUAUAGAAUUUUACAAUGUGGUUCACAUAUAACAAAAUAUAUAUUCAGAUCUGAACUUGAACAAGUAUAUUGUGAUGAUGAAAUUGUUUAUAAUCAUAGACCUGGAAAACAUUAUUGUAUAUCAUUGAAUUAUAAUAUUCAAUCAUGCUACUUUGUUCUUGAAUUUGUUGAUGAAUUAUUGUUAUUUAUGUUUACUAAAGGUAAGUGGAAAGGAAAUAAACAUAAAAACCAAUGCCCAUUUAAAUUUUAUACACAUAUUGGUGGUCAUAUUCGUCAAAUGACAAAUGAUUAUUAUUGUAUUGAUAUCAAUACAAAAGGAUCAAUCAAAUAUAGAUUUUGUAAUAAUGUUUACUGUAGUAAGGUCAAGUUUGAUGAUGAAGAAGUAUGGGAAAAAACUACUCAUGGUGAAUAUCCUAUGGCAAUUUGCUCAUCUUAUAAUGGAAAAAUUAUAUUUUAUUAUGAUGGAUAUAAUGAAGUCUUUGGGAAAAGAUAUAAUAAAUAUGUGAUGUUAAGUUCUGGAAAAGAUGACAAAUAA